GUACAAACAGAAACGUUUUCACUUUAAAAGUUUCCGGUGUAUUUCCAUUUUAUAAAGCCUUACGCCUCUCGAGCCAGCAACCAGUACACCCGUGUCAAUACCACAGUCAACAUGAACACUUUAGUACUUUGCGUUGUUCUCGCCCCGGCUGUGUGUCUGGUCCGAUGCUCUCCUUUCCACGAAUACCAACAGCCGGAGCAACAGCAUCAAGAGUCUUACGGUUCGGCCGAAUCGUCUUAUGGGCACCAAUUAGAACCAGAAGAGCACCAUGCGCCCGUUCACUAUUCGUUCCACUAUGACGUGCACGACCCUCACACCGGUGACGUCAAGAGCCAGCACGAGACCCGCACAGGAGACGUGGUAACCGGAUUCUACAGUCUGGUCGAACCGGAUGGCACCAUCAGGACGGUCAAGUACAAGGCGGACGCACACAACGGGUUCAACGCGGUCGUGGACAGGAAGAAGCCGCACUUUGCCACUGAUGAUCACCACCAAGAACAACAGCACUUUUGAGGAGCACCGAAUAACAUCCACUAGACGUCUUAACGUGAAGUAUACUAAUUAAGUUUAUAAUACGUUUUAGACGUACGUUCGUUGUGAUCUGACUAAAAUAUGCGAUGCGUUUCUAUUGUAAAUAUAAUAUUAAAAAAAAAAAAAACCAAUUAAACUUUGGUUCGCUUUUAUUUUUAUUUUUCGAUACAAUAAAGUAAGUUGCUGAUUUAGUAGGGGGAAAAGAACGUCGUCUUCUCGGGCCAAAUUUGUAACACAAAUUGUAUAAGUAAAAACAAGAAAGGACUACGUACCCGUUCACAUCUAAAUACCAUAAUUGGGAUUGUGAGGUUAUUUGUAGUUAACCUAAUUUCAUUUUCUCGUGCAUUCGUUCGAUUUAGUUGUGAAUUUAUCAUAAUAAAUUUAUACUAAAUAUAAUAUAUAUUAUGGCUUAGCUCGAGUUCAAAGAGGUCUUCAGGUUUAGCAAAUAAACACAUAACAACAAACAUUUUAAUAUUAAAAUUCCUAUUCAAAAUAUGCCAUCCUCGAUUAAGUUUCCAAAAAUCCUCUCUUGGAUCCAUCACUCCCAAAAUCGUUUUAAAAAUACACUUUUUAUAAUUAGUCUUUGUACUACACGCGUCUUGUAUAAUCUGCCGUUGAAUUGUAUUCAAUACAUCAACCAAUAUUAUAAAUCGUGUUCAAUGCAUCGACGCUCAUUACUAUGCGUGUCACAGACAUGAUACAAUUGUAUCUUUUAAUUUCUAAUCGAUCAAAAAGUGUCUGUAUAGUCAGUUAGAAUUGUCGAAUAUGGUAUAACCGAGCAAUGUU